UACAGAUAUCUAAUUAUCAAACUUUCAACUUUAAAUCCCACACGACGGAUUCAACUUAAAGCUGCAAACCUUUAAGCUGGCUUUUGAAGUUCUGAUCAGAACAAAGUUUCUUCAUGCGACUCAGAAUCCAGAAGAAUACCGAUGGCAGCGGAAGCUGAUGUUCCGGAAUCCAUAUCCGUCACUACACAAGCGGGAGACGGAUAUGUGUCGACGGGGAAGUUUGACAUAACUGUCGACCAAUGUUCCCCAUUACAGUUGAAAAAAUCCGAAGGCCAGGAGGAUCAACAUCCUGAACCCGUGAAAUGCUUUGUAGAGGGUGACAUUGCGUACGUUGAAAGUAAGAACGGAAUCUCAGAGUGCGGAAAUCCCUUGGAACCACUCUCAGAUCCAAAGGUUGGCAAACAAGAGACCUGCGUAGCGGAGAGUUUCCAAGUUGAUGAAUCAAACCAAGCAGAAACAGGGAUUGCAGAUAGGGAAAAUGGAGAAAAAGGAAGUGAAGAAAAGGAAGCCGUGGAGGCAACGGAGAAAAAGUCUGAACAACUUGAGAGUAAUGGCAUUGUAAAUGCUGAAGCAGUGGAAACAUCGAGAAGUAAGAUAAACCUUGAUGAACAUGUUCAAGUAAUCUCGGAUCACCAGGAUUCCGGGGAUGAAAUUCCAACGGAGAAGUCCUUUGCCAUGGUUUAUGAGGAAAAGGGUCCCGAAGUAACCUCGGAAGCUAAAGAAAGCACUGAGGACAAGCUUGAAAGUGCAUCCGUGUUAGAUGACCACGAAGAAAGAGCUGGACUUGGAAAGGAAAUCCAAGAGAAGAACAUCCUAGAUACUCCAUUAGCCACACAAACAGAAGAUAUCAUUGAGGAGAGUCCAAAAGAAGUUAAGAACCAAUAUGAAACCGUUGAGGAAACUCCCGAAGCAAGUGGCACUGCAAGUGAAGCAGUUAAGGAGGAUGAAAAUGCAGAAUGCCAGGUUGAAAUUCCGUGCGUGAAACACGAGGAAGAUACACUGAAAAAAGGUGAGGCACUGGAUACAGGAGAGGAUUCAGUGGCGAAGGAGGAAGAUAGCGAAGGAUUUUCUGCUGUAGAGCACAUCAAAACAAAUUCAACAGAUCGCGAAGAAGAAGGCGAGACUAACUUAAAGGAUUUUCUGCUUGCUAGAUCAAAUUUAAAUUCUGUGGAGGACGAAGCAGCAACUUCAAGAGAAAGUUCAGAAACAAUCAUCACUGCUGAAGAUGAGAGACAAGUUGUAAACGUAGAACAAAACCGUGAGGAAGAGGGGAAGGCAGAGAAAGCAAUUACUAGUUCUGACACCAUUGAAGAUGAAACUCCUGAUGAACAGAAUCUCCCGGCGGCAAGUAUCUUGAUGCGAACUGUUACAGAGUCUGAGAGUGCUGAAGUAAGUGAGAGCACCAUAUCGGAGCCAAAUGAAAAUGUUGAAAGAUCCGAAGAAGUUCUUAAUGUUUCAACCGUGAAAUGUGAUGAAGAUGAUCAGGGAGAUCGUACCAACCCAACUAAGGAUGACAAAGAUGUAGAAACAUUUACCGCCAAAGCGGCUGAAGAUGAUGACUAUACUAGUCCAGUCACGAUUACAGAAACGAGGGCGACAGUAACACCAAAUGAUGAAGAAAGUUCACCACAGACCUUGCAGGAAUGUGAUUCAGGAGAGGAGCUUCAACAUUUGCGGGAUGUGAUGCCUGAGGAAACUAAGACAGAAACACCCUGGGAAAAUGCAGAAGAAAUUACCUGCACGAAAGAGGAAACAACAACUCAGAACACGCAAGAAUCCUUGGACGAAGAAAAGAAAGAAGCGACUGAAAACACAAACAAUUUAGACGAUGACAAUGCAAGGGACAAGGUGCUUGAGACUGCCGGUACAGAACAAGAAACUGGAGAACACGUGGUUAGGGAAAUUCAUACGCUCGCAGAACCACCUCAAGAUUUCGUUGAUAAAGAAACAAAUGAAGAAACCUCCACGGAAUAUCAGGCCAUUCCGGAACUCUCUGCUCCGUUCGUAGUAGAAGAAACAGCUAAGGAAAUCCCAAAGGACGAAGAAACCGAUGUCUUGAUUCUAAAAGAAGAGAAAAAGGAAGAAGAUGCAGAAUGUAACGAGCCCGCUGAGGUAAAGAGUAUGACACGUGAAGCACUACCUGAAACCACAGAGGACAUAACAGAGCCAAACAAGGACCUCAAUGCUCCAAUUUCAGAAGAAAUCAACAACACAUUUGUUGAAAAUAUUUCCUCUCUCGCUGAGGUAUCUGAGACGGAGACUGAGAAAAAUAUUCAGGAGAAAGAUGGCCUCGCGGUUAGCAAUUUUGACUCCGUGUCAGGUGAAGUGAAUCAUGUAACAGGUUUGAAGGAAGGUGAAACAGAAAAUGAGGAACAGAAAGAAAACAUUGAUACUGCUCCGGAAGAGAAGGCUCAAGCAACCAUCUUAAAAGAUGAAACGGCCUCGGAAGUUGAAGAUAUUGGUGUACAAGCAGAGGAAAAUUGUGAAUCAAAAGAGAAGUUGGAGGAGCAUAUUCCAACAGCAGCAGAUGAGGGUGAAACAUUAUCGAAGGAAGCCGAGGCAGAAAAGGAGGAGCAGAUAAAAUAUAGUGAUAUUGCUGCUGAAGAGAAGGGAGCAAACAUCUUAACAGAUGAGACACCCUUGGAAGAUACCGACGUGCAAGCAGAGAAAAAUGUCAAACCAAUAGAGAACUUGGAGGAGCAAAUCCCAAUACAAGCAGAUGAAGGAGAAACAUUCCUGAAGGAAGCCGAAGCAGAAAGCAAGGAUGUGAUAAAAUAUACUGAUGGUUCUCAUGAAGAUGUUGGUGGACAAGGGAAGGAAGUUGUCAAUUCUGAGGAGAACUUGGACAAGCAGAUUCCAACAGGCGACUGUGAAACAAGCUUGAAAGAAGCCAAAGCAGAAAAGGAGGAGCAGGGCAAAAGUACGGAUAUUGUUCCGGAAGAGAAGGGUCCGGAAACCAUCUUAACAGAUGCAACAUCCUUGGACGUCGAAGAUGUUGAGGUAAAAGCAAAGGACUAUGCUGAAUCAAAAGAGAACGUGGAGGAGCAGAUUCCAAUAGCAGCAGAUGAAGAAAAACUUACUUAUAUUUCUCUUGAAGAUAUUGAUGUACAAGCAGAGGAAAAUUUCAUUACACAAAUGAAUUUGGAGUACCCGAUUCUAACAACCUCAGAUGAACUAGAAACAGGCUCGGAAGAAACCAAAGAAGAAAUUAAGGCGCAGGUGAAAAGUAUUGAUAUUGUUCCUGAAGAGAAGGGUCUAGAAACCAUCUCAACAGCUGAGAUACCCUUGGUCGUUGAAGAUAUAGGUGUAAAAUCAGAGGAAAGUUUCAAAUCAAAAGAGAAUGUGGAGGAGCAGAUUCCAACAGCAGCAGAUGAAGGUGAAAAAUUCUUGAAGGAAGCCGAAGCAGAAAACAAGGAGCAGAUCGACGAGGAAAAUUUAAAUUCACAAGAAUCCUCAGACAAAGAAAAGGAAGAAGUGACUGAAAUUACACACACAAAAGAAGAUGACACUGUGCUUGAGACUACCAGUACGGAGCAAGAAACUGGAGAACAUGUGGUGUACGAAAUUCAUACUGUCGCAAAACCCCCUCAAGAUUCCAUUGAUAAAGAAACAAAUGAAGAGAACUCCGCGGAACAUCAGGCAUGUACUGAUGCGGCUGAUUUGAGUACAACUGCAGAGGAAAAGAACUUAGAGGAACAUGCCAUUCAGGAACUCUCUUCUCCGCUGGUAGUAGAAGAAGCAACUAAUGAAAUCCCGAAGGAAGAAGAAACCUACACCACGCUUACCACGCUUCUAGAAGAAGAGGAAAAGGAAGGGCAUGCAACAUGUAAUGAGGCCACUGAGGAAUAUGCGGCUGGGAUUGAGAAAAACAUUCAGGAGAAAGAUGGCACCACACCUAGCAAUUCUGAAUCUGUGUCCGGAGAACUGAGUCAUGUAACAAUUUUGAAGGAAUCUGAAACAAAGAUCGAAAUGCAGGACAAAGACAUGGAUACUGUUCCUGAAGAGAGGGGUCGAGCAACUAUCUUAGCAAAUGAAACGACCUUGGAAGUUGAAGAUAUUGAUGUACAAUUAAAGAAGAAUUUUGAGUCAAAAGAGAACUUGGAGGAACAAUUUCCUAUAGCUGCAGAUGAAGGUGAAAUAUUCUUGAAAGAAGCCGAAGCAGAAAACAAGGAGCAGAUAAAAAAUGCUGAUAUUGCUCAUGAAGAUGUUGAUGUACAAGCGGAGAAAACUGUCAAUUCAGAAGAGGACAUAGAUAAGCAGAUUCCACCAAUAGCAGAUGAAGGCGAAACAAGCUUGAAAGAAGCUGAAGCAGAAAUUAAGGAGCAGGUCGCAUAUGCUGAUAUUGUUCCUGAAGAUAAGGGUCUAGCAGCCAUCUUAACAGAUGAGACACCCUUGGAAGCAGAAGAUACUGGUGUGCAAGCGGAGGAAAGUUUCGAAUCAAAAGAGAAGUUCAAGGAGAAAAAUCCAAUCCCAACUGAUGAAGAUGAAACAUUCUUGAAGGAAGCCGAAGUAGAAAACAAGGAGCAGAUAAAAUAUAGUGAUAUUGCUCCUGAAGACAAGGGUCUAGCAACCAUCUUAACAGGAGAGGCAAAUUCCGACACAAAAGAGUUCUCAGACGAGCAGAUUCCAACAGCAGUGGAUGAAGGUGAAAGGAAGAUAGCACAUGGAAAUGUAGUUUUGAAUGACACACCUGGAGUGCAAAUUCUUGAAGAAGCAGAACCGGAAGUGGGAGUCGAAGAGGAGAGUUGCAAGUCAGAAGAUCAACCUGAAAAGACUAACACGAUAGUUGAAGAGGCCUUUGAUGAGCCAAAGAUCACAGGCCGAGAUUUCAACAAAGAAGAAAUCGUAGAAGGUAAUGUAGCAUGUUUUGCACAAGAAUCAAUUGAAGAGGAUACAGUUAACAAAUAUCAAGAAAACGAAAAUGAGAAGAAAAAAUUAAAGGAAGAGGGAAGCUGUAUAGAGAGCUUAAAAGAAGGCAAUGGUGAGUACAUUCGAGAAGAUGAAAGUGAAACGUUCAAAGAUGACGAAAAGGAUGCAGUGAAGUCCGGAGGAGAGAUUCUUAAAGAGCCACAAACUGGAGUAGAUGAGAGCAUCACAUGUGAGACAACUACAAUUGCUGAAAGGUCUGAAGAAAUUGUUAGUACUUCACCGGUGAAAUAUGAAGAAGACGAGCAGGGAGAAAGUAGCAGUCCGGCUUCAAAGGAGGAGGGUAGCAAUGAGGACACGUUUUCUAUCAAGGUGGCUGAAGAGGGCAAUGGCGAUAAUGGUGCAGUCACAGUCACAGAAACAAGUGCAAACGUAAAUGGUAAAGAAGGUUUACCACAGGCCGUGCAGGAAUAUGAACCAGUAGAGGGCCAUGAAAAAUUGCUGGAUGAGAUGCCUGAAGAAAGUAAGACAGAAUCAUCGAGCAAAAAGGCCGAAGUAGUUACCUGCACAAAAGAGGAAGAGACAACACCCAUGAAUGAUACAAAAGAAAAUGAAACUGAAGUAGAGGAGGUGUUUGAGAUAGCAAGUAUGGAACAAGAAACAGGAGAACAUGCAACACGGGAAAUUCAUACAGUUGAGGACAACUCUCAAGAGUUCCAUGAUAAAGAAACGACUGUAGAAAAUUUGAACGAACAUCAGGUGUCAUCUGAAGCAGCAGAUUCGAGCACAGAUUUUGUUGGAAAUAACUCAGAUGAACAGGCCAGUAGAGAACUCUCUUCUUCGCUGGUAGGAGACGAUACAAGUAACGAAAGCUCAAAGCAAGAAGAAAACUAUAUUUCGAGUCUGAAAGAAGAGGAAAAUGAAGUGAAUGUGGAAUGUAAAGAGCCGGUUGAGGGAGCAAAUACGACACACGAAACAAAAUUUGAAACGUUAGAGGACAGUAUAGAGCCAAAGGAGGACCUGUAUGCUCAUAUUUCAGAGGAAGAAACCCACACAGAAGAAAGCAGUAAAGUAGUUAAUUCGCUGCAGUCUGAGGUUUCUGAGAAAGAUGUCUGUACAGAUUUGGAGGGAGCUGAAGCAGAAACCAAAGAGCAGGUCAAGGAUAUUGAAAUUGAUCAUGAAGAGAAGGGUCUAACAACCAUCUUAACAGAUGGAGCCGCCUUGGAAAAUGUUAACUCAGAAGUGUUUCCAGAGAACCAGAUUCCAAGAGUAGCAGAUGGAGGCGAAUGCAACACUGAGCUGGCGGGAGAUAAGGCUGCAGAGGAAAGCCUUCAAGUGCGACGCCUUGAGGAAGCAGAACCAAAAUUGAGGGUUGAAGAUGAGAGUCGUGAAUCAGAAGACCAUCCCAAGAAUAAGAACAUGAUAGUUGAAGAGCCUCAACUGCUAGAGCAGGUCCUGGAUGAGCCAAAUAGCGCUGACGGAGAUUUCAGUGAAGGACAAACCACAGAAGGCAAUGCCGCAAUUUGUGCACCAGAAAUAAUUCAAGAAGAAACUGCUAAGAACUCUCAAGACAGUGACAAAGAGACAGAAAAUUUACAGAAAGAGGGCAGUGGUAUCGAGAGCGUAAAAGCAUACAAUACUACUGACUUGUCACGAGAGUUUACUCCGGAAGAUGGAAGCAAAAAGUUCGAUGAUAACAAACAGGAUACAGUGAAGUUCGAAGGAGAGAUACUUAAAGAGCCAGAGAUUGAUGGAGUAGGUGAGAGCACCACAUAUGAAACAAAUCAGAUCGUUGAAACAUCUGAAGAAAUUUUGGAUGCUUCACCAGUGAAGUAUGAAGAAGGUCAACCGGGAGAAGGUAGCAGUCAAGAUUCAGCAAAAGCUUCAAAGGAGGAGGAUGUUAGUGAAGUCGAUGACAGAAAUGGUGCAGUCACAGUUACUGAGUCAAGUCCAGUGGUAACAUCAAAAGAAGAAGAAGAUUCAGCAGAGGCUUCAGAGAAAUAUGAACCGGAAGAAGAGAAGGUACCGGUCAAAAUUAGUGAUGUAGCAGAUGCGAAAGAGGUUUGCAACUUGGAAGAUAAAGCUUCUUUUGCUGAAAAGACAACAGAAGAGACAAGCUUGCAGAAGGAAGGGCAUGCAGAGGUUUCUGAAUUGUCUCCAGAAAAGCUAGAUGUUGAUGCUACUGAAGAAGAAUUCAAAGAAGCUUCUGAAAUAGUUCCUGAAUGUGAUUCUCGGAGCAUUGAUGUAGUUUCGAAAGAUGAGAUCAUUACUAGUCAGACACUCGACAAAGGGAUAUUACAAAAGCAAGUUGAAAUACCAUCUUGUACAUUGCUUACCGAGGAAAAGGAGAUCGAAGCUUCUCAACAUGAGCAUGGAACUCCAACCAAAGACAAGAACAUACAAGAAGAGCCCGAAAAGGAAGUGCCAGCUGAUGGAAACGUGGGAGAUUUAUUUGCUGUGAGGUCAGAAGACAAGACACCGUUGCAAAAGGAAGAGUCCGAAGAGCUCAAAGCUUCUGAGUUGGCUCUGGAAAAGCUGGAUGCAGGUGAUACAGAAAAAGAAUUCAAAGAAACUUUUAAGACAAUCUCUAUACCCGAUUCUCAAAGCACUGAUCCAGUUUCGAAAGAUGAAAUUGUUGCUGAUCAAACACACUUUGAGGAAUCUUAUGCUUUGAUUCCCAAGGAAGAGGAGCUCAGAACUUAUCAAGACGAUCGUGAAACUAAAACCCAAGACAAAAGUAUAGAGGAGGAGUAUGCCAAGGAAGCAGAAGUGCCAGCUGAUGAAAAUGGCAGAGAUUUAGUUGCUGCAACGUUGGCAGAAGAGACACUGUUGCAAAAGGAAGAGCCCAGGGAGCUCAAAGUUUCUGAAUUGGCUCCAAAAAAUCUGGAUGCUGGUGAAACGGAAGAAACCAAAGAACCUUUUGAAAAGGUGUCCAAAUCUGAUUCUCAAAGCGCUGAAGUUGUUUCGGGAGAUGAGACGACGGAGAUGAAAAUUUCUCAAUGUGUGCAUGAAGCUACAACCCAAGACAAGAAUAAAGAAGAUGAGAGCACAGAGAAAAAUGAAGUUCCAGAUGGAAACACUAGCGGUAUAUUUUUUGCUGCAACUUCUGAAGAAGAGACACGUUUGCAAAUGGAAGAGCCUAGAGAGUUUAAAGCUUGUGGGUUGGCUCCGGAAAAGCUAGAUGCUGGUGAAACUGAAGAAGAAAUCAAAGAAACUUUGGAAACGAUCUCUAAAUCUGAUUCUCAAAGCAUUGAUACAGUUUCCAAAGAUAAUAUUGUUGCUGAUCAAACUCUUGUUGAGGCAUCUUACACUUCACUUCCCGAGGAAAAGGAGUACAAGGCAGGUGAAAGUGAAGUGCCAGCUGCUGAAAAUGGGGGAGAUUUAAUUUCUGCAAGGUCAGUCGAAGAGACAAUCUUGAAAAAGGAAGAGCCCGGGGAGCUCAAAGUGUCUGAAUUGGCUCCGGAAGAGCUGAAUGCUGGCGAAACUGAAGAAGAAAUCAAGAAAACUCCUGAAACAGUAUCUGAACCUGAUUCUCCAAGCACUGACGUGGUUUCGAGAGAUGAGGCCAUUUCUGAUCAGACACUCCAUGAAGGAAUAUCAACAGAGAAACUUCAAAUACCAUCUUCUAUAAUGCUUCCUGAAGAAAAGGAGAUCAAAGCUUCUGAAGAGCAUAGAACUACUUUCUGUGACAAGAAUAUAGAAGAAAACGCAAGCAAUUUGCAAAUGCAAGUUGAUGAGAACGUAAAAGCUACAAGCUUGUUAAAGGAAGAGCCGAGGCAACUCAAAGCUUCUGAUUUUGAGCUUCAACUUAAAGCAGAGGUACCAGGGAAAAGUUCAAAUGAAGAGAUCAAGGAGGAUGAGAAACUUCCAGAAGAGUCGGAGCCAUAUUAUGUCAGAGAAGAGAGCCAUGAUGAAAACAAAGCAAAAGCUGAAAAACAAGGAGAGCAGAUUGAUGAAACAUCUACGAUCAAAACAAAUGAACAUCAGAACGAGUUGUCUGAGGUAGAUGAAAAGGGAAUUGCUAGUUACAAGUAUGAAAGACAGCUUACAUUUGAAGGCCUUAGUAUCAAGGAGAAUGACCCACGCUUUAUCGAGGAUAAGACAACACAUGACGGCUUUCCAGAAGAAGAGAAGAGAGUUGAGGAGGCAGAUUUUGAAUUUGGUCUUAAAAAUCAGGGAGAUGAAAUAAACUCUAAGAGCAGCAUAGCAUCAACCCAAAGGGAAAAGGAUUCAAGCACUGAGGUCAGCUGUAAGGCUCCUAUUGUUGAAACUUCACAAGGGAUUGAAUCAAAUGAAAGUGGAAAAGUAAUAUCGAUUGAAUCAGGGACAGUUUCGUUACCUAACCUUGUGCCUGAAUCAACAAAAGAAACAGCAACAGCUUGCAAAGAACUGAAAACAGAGGAAGACGAAGAAGAAGAGCACGAAAAUUCUGAACAAGUGAAAACGGAUGAAGAGAAAGGAGAAAACGAACACAAAAACCUAGAGGCAGGAUAUGAGUCCCCCAUCAUGGUAGAAGCCUCAAGAGAUGCUGAUGUCAAUGUGAAGGUUGUUUCACAUAAGAAAUCUAAUAACAUUCUUUCGGGUAUCAAGCAUUCGAUGUCCAAGGUGAAGAAAGCCAUCAUUGGUAAGUCUUCUCAUCCAAAGACGCAUUCAGAAAAAUGAAUGAAAAAAAAAUGCAAGAAUCCGGAUAGGUUCCAGCAGUUGAAGAAUUGGGUGCUUUAACGAAUUUUGUGGGUGUGCUUCCAAGUUCCGAUUGUUAUCGAUAAUAUUGAAGAGAUUUGAGUGUGAUGUGUGUGAUUGUGCAGCUUGAGUUAAUAUUCGUUGAUGUGUGAAGAGUGAGCUAAAUGAUUGCAGGACUGUAAAUUUGUAAUUUGUGUACAGUAAAGGUCAAUUGUAUAUGUUUCUCACUUCGAUUUUUUGAGUGAAAAGUGAGAUUUUUGAAUAUUUAGUCACAAUUUUCAUGUACCAAUCCUAAAUUUGAGUGUGAUGGCUCUGUUUCGAGUGGCAA